AUGGACCUACGAACUACACCCUCGAACGAGUUGACUCUCGCACUACACCGUGUGGUCUUGGACGGUAUCCUCGAAUCUGUCGUGACUCAUGGCUCCAUCUUCAUGGGCUCCACAUUCAGCUCCCAAUCGAUCAGCUCCGGUUUGAUCACUGUCCCCAAGAAAGCCUGUCGUGUCUUCCUUUGCGUCGAAUUUUGGGCUUCGGUCUGGGCUUUCGAAACGCCCGAAGGCAGCUUACAGCGUCUGGGUCUUUUCGUGGACUGGUUGGAUCUCUGGUCGACUAUGGUCUUAGUUCCGUUGCCUCCACUGCCGAUCUCUGGCCAUGUCAACACCAGUGGUCUCGAUAUCCGCAGUCUCCGUAUCCGCGGUCUCCGCAUCCACAAUGUCUACACCAAGAGUACUAUUACUUUCCGUGGCCUCUGCGUUCGAGCAUUGUUUUAUCUUGGUAGCAUCCUGGUUUACCAGAUCCUUGCUGACAGAUUUCCCAUUACCGCCACCAUGAUCAAUGUUGGAAUUGCCAGGUUCCUCGGCAGAGAUACGCAGACUCUGCUGAAAUAG